UGUGACUACAAGUGCACGUUAAAGAGUCCUUGUUGCUGUGAUCCAAAAUCAAACAAGAUAAAAGAGGAGAGUUUUUCAAGAGGAGGUUCCAUUAUCUCUUUCCAGAGAAGGAAAUAUGUUUGAUACUCUUGGACUCAUUUGUAUGAUGUGGUGGUAUAUGAUGCUAUUUCAUCCCUUGCAUGCUGAUUUCCAGUGCACAGAGUACGCACAGGAAUCACCUAUUACAAAUGUGAGUGUGGACUGGAGAAAAAUGGAACUGUCCUGGGAGAGCAGCAGGAAUUUCUCUGAGUACAAAUGUACCAUCGUGGACAGCGACAUGGAACGUAUAGGCAUAGAGGUGGAUACUCCACUAUGCAGCUUUCGAGAGGAACUACAAAAGCCUUUGCACAAAGGGGUAUUCUUCAACAUUGAAGUGCCAAACACAAAUAUCUCAAAACAAUGCCACUUUCUCCCUGGAGGCAUGAAGGGGUCGGCCAUUGAAAACUUCUCCUGUGUGAUUUAUAACAUCUUCCUCAUGAACUGCACGUGGCAGGCAGGAAGGGAUGCUCCAGCAGACACACAGUAUUUUCUCUACUGGCAGGAGUCAAGAGAUGAAGAAGAGAUGGAAUGUGAGCUUUACAUUAAAGAUGAAAAUUUCAGAAAUAUGGGAUGUAUCUUCCAAAAUGUGAGAAUAGGGCUUGAAGAAGCUUACUUCCUGGUGAAUGGGUCUAGCAAAGACUCCCUGAUCCAGUUCUAUGAUGAGUACAUUGACCUGUAUAAAAUUGAAAUACUCACCGCUCCAUUAAAUGUCAUUGCUGAUUGUCCCAGAGGUUCAGCAGAUUGUGUAAUUACGUGGCAUCCACCCCUAACAAGUCGUGAGGGAGACAGAGGGUGCUUUCAGUAUGAAAUUAGCAUACAAAAUAAGGAUGAGCCCAAAGAAGAGAAAAGGCUUCUUCAUGUGAGUAAUGAAAGAUAUGAAUUCCAAGAUUACAAUGAGAAAAAAAGAUACACUCUGAAAAUCAGAGCUCGUGGAAACAACUGUCUUGUGAGCUCAAACUGGGGGGAAUGGAGUGAACCCAUUGAGUUUGGUGAAGGGAAAGAUUACUUUAUUGUUGUGAUUUUAUUUCUGAUUGCACUUGGAACAAUCUCAAUUACACUUCUCCUGUAUUGUCUUUUCAAAAGGUGCUGCAGUUUCAAGAAUCUAUUUCCUCCCAUACCACAACCAAGAGAUAAAUUCAAGGCAUUAACUGAUGAAGAUAUCCAGACAGAAUAUGUAAAUCUACCAACAAAACAUCAUGCUGAGGAAGUAACUACAAUUGAAGAAUGACCCAGCUUUCCAAAAACACACCUGAUACUCCAACAUGAAAGAAAAUUAUGGAUCCUGCUGACAAGUACUUCAAAUCAGCCUGUAAGAAAAUAUAAUCACCUAUAAAAUUGUCCUCUUAAAAUGCAUUUAAAAUGGAGUAGAUGAAAAAAAAGGAGAAAAAUCAAUAAAAUGUGUUCUUUCCCCUUUGUUCAAACCCACAAUGCCUGGCAACUAAGCUUUUCUGCAAGCACCUAUUUUGAAGUGCUUAAACCUUGCUAAGAGGUUCUUCACAAUGUUAGACAAGCCCUCUUACCCAGAAUAAAGCUGUUACUUCUUGUCAUUACUAUGGAACUUCUUUCAUUAUAAUGAUUUCCUGUAGGCUGACAGGCUUCUUGUAUAAUGCCACAGUAAUUUUACUGUAAUUUUUAUAUGCCCAGUUAUUUUACUGUAAUUUCUAUAUGCCCACAAACCAGCUAUUGAGAAUGUGUUUCAAUUUGGACUUUGAUCUUCUAAUCAGUAACACCAAACUAUCCCAAUAUAUACAAUUACCCUCAUGCAAAACAAAAUCAGAAAAUAGUCAUAAUUGUAAAUUGUAACUAUUAAUAUGGUCUGUCAAUCAGCCAUUUCAUGAGCUCAGCACUGCUACUGUAAGUAGACCUCUGCAACAAUGUGAUCCUGUGAAGUGUUAUGUACUUAAUGCACACAAAUAGCAUCUAAAGCCUUCAAAAAAAUCUAACAGUUGUGAGAAACAAAAUUAAAUCUAAUAUUUAAGAGCUAGAUCUUAAAU